AUGUCUAUUCGCCAAUACAAGAUUGCAACCUCUCAGGCCGAACCGGUGUGGUUCGACCUGGAGGGAGCAGUCAAGCGCACCAUUGAACUCAUUGAAGAAGCAGCCAACAACGGCGCGCUUCUGAUUGCCUUCUCAGAAGUAUGGAUUCCAGGAUACCCCAACUUUCUUUGGGGUGGCACCUACAGCGAAAACAUCCCUCUGGUCCAAAAAUACAUGAAGAACAGCAUGACGGCGCAUGGUCCUGAGAUGCUCCGGAUUCGCAAAGCCGCUGCUGCCAACAAGAUACACGUUGUCCUUGGUUUCAGCGAGCGUGUGGCGAGCAGUCUGUAUCUGUCCCAGGUGCUGAUUGACGACAAGGGAGACGUGCUACUUCACCGUCGGAAAACUAAGCCGACCCAUUGCGAGCGGACCCUGUUUGGCGACUCGACUGGCGACUCCCUGAAAACCGUUGUCGACACGAAGCUGGGGAAGAUUGGCAUGCUGAACUGCUGGGAGCAUCUUCAGCCGCUUUUGAAAUACCACACCUAUGCACAGAAUGAACAAGUCCACAUCGCCGCGUGGCCAUAUAACGGCGAGGCUACGGGCGAAGAGCCAUGGUCAGUGUGCAGCGAAGCAAACGAGAUCACCGCCAGCCGGAUGUAUGCCAUUGAGGGCGGCGCGUUCGUUCUAGUGACAAACCAGUGUAUCUCGGCCGAGGGUCUGAAGAAGAACACUGAGGGACAUUCUGCUACCGGCAAGUCAUUUGCUGUCGGAGGCGGAGGUGGUGGUCUUGCAGGUGUUUUUGCUCCUGAUGGGAAAAAGAUCACCCCAGAUUCAGACCCAACCUUUGAUGGACUUGUAUACUGCGAUAUCGAUCUGGAUGAAAUCGACAAAGCCAAAACUCUGGCAGACCCCGUUGGUCAUUACUCUCGCCCCGACUUGUUGCGCCUGGUAGUGGACGACGUGCCCAAGCAUUAUGAGGAACGGGCAGAUGGAAAAGCCCCGGCCACUCUGAUCGAGGCAUUCAAGCCUCUGGGUGAAACGAUCGCCGAAUUUGAGAAGACUGGUGUAGCUACUAAAUAG